UCCGUGGAAUUGCACGGGAAAAUCGGCCAUUUUUGUUGAACGCGUUUCUUUGCAGCGUUUCAAUAUGAAGAUCGGUUUGUGCGCGUACAGCGGGUACAAGAUUUAUCCGGGCCAUGGCAAAACCAUGGUCAAAGUUGACGGAAAGACUUUCACCUUUCUUAACUCGAAAUGCGAGUCCGCACACUUGAUGAGGCGAAAUCCUAGGAAAGUGACAUGGACCGUUUUAUACAGACGUAAACACAAAAAGGGUCAGGAAGAGGAGCAAACCAAGAAGAGGACGAGGCGUGCACAGAAGUUCCAGCGUGCAAUUGUGGGUGCUUCUCUCACAGAUAUCUUGGCUAAACGUAACAUGAAGCCAGAGAUUCGUAAAGCUCAACGAGAACAGGCAAUCAAGGCUGCAAAAGAACAAAAGAGAGCUGCAAAGGCGACAAAGAAGGCUGUUGCUCCUCCAAAAGCGAAACAAGUAGCAAAACAAAAAGUUGCUAAAGUGACGCAAAAGUCCGCACCUCGCGUUGGAGGAAAACGUUAAAGUCUGUAGCUAUAUAAAUAAAAUAAAAUAUUAUUUCAUUUUGACUUAUGUUUUUAAAUUAUAUAAUUAAAGAAAUAAUUUUAAAAUCGGUAAAUUUCAAAUAAUACAUGUAUCUCGAUUAUUAAUAUGUAUAUAUACAACUCGUAUUUAAUUUUUACAAUCAAAAACAAUAUAUCUUUUACAUUUAAU